AUGGCAAUCGCCUAUCGCAAGUACAUUGCCGACUACGUUCAAAACUUAUCUACGCUCUAUCCGGACAUCCUCCCCAGAUCUAAUCACCACAUGGCAUUCCAUAUUUAUGAUUUCCUUCUCCUGUUCGGACCUGUACAUUCAUGGUGGUGCUUUCCAUUCGAGCGACUGAUCGGUCGCCUCCAGCGAACUCCUCAUAACCACCGCCUAGGCGAGCUCCUCCACGCAUUGUCGUGA